ACUGAUGACGUCUGUCAUAUGACCAUGUGGAUGUGAAUCUGGUUAAUGGGUCCUGUCAAAGGCCGAAACGAGCAUCUUUUACUUAUCUGAUACUUUUUUUAACGUUUAGUUUACGCGUGGUGGGGUUUAUUCGUGCGAACCGUACAUGGUAAACAUCAUGUCGUGGGUAAAAUCAGUGGCAUGUACCGAGGAUGUCUUCGACGAAGAUGUGGAUGAUAUUAGUCUACAGAACAAAGAAUGGAAAUACAACAUGGAAAAACGCGCAAAGGUUUGAACAGAUGACCGUGCCAUUUUACAAAUCCCUUAGUCUUACAAUUUACAGACACUGCUCAGAUGUAUUGGUUCGAGAUACAUAGGAGCUUGUCUGAAGACAUCAUUUUCAUAUAUGGCUAGCUUUCUGGAGCAGGAGACGUCUUGCACUAGAUAACCGGACACCUUUCCUAGAGAAGUUGAUUUAUUGGGAGCUGUCACUGUGUCUUGUGCUAAAAUGGGGAACUGUUGUACAAAAAUGUGUGGACAACAAAGCCCAUGUCACCUUGCGGAGGAUGAGACGAAAGGCCUGUUACACAGCUCUGAAUCAAAGACAUCAACCAAGGCAGGAACAGAAACUUGCACCAGUCCAGUCUCAGAUGAAGACAAAUGGCAACAAGAAACAAAACCAGCACUGGAUACAGCUAUAACCAAGCAGCCAACUGCAGAAUCCGAAAUUCUUAAAGCACAAAGUAGUUACUCUAAAACAAUACCCAUUUUACACACCGAACAAUCUCUCACCUCUAAGGUGGAUCAUCUUAUCUCACUUGAAACGACACCAACAACGGCUGCAGGCUUGGCUAUGGAAACGGAUGUACAAAAGAUUGAAGUACAAGAUAUCCAAAACUUUGCCUCAGAGGAACCUCAAGACGAAGUUGAAGUACCUGAGGAUGGUGCCUCACAAGUAAAAAGGGAAACAGAGCGUCAGCAUGGAUCACCUGAAGGAGUCGCACCAGUAACGAUUGAUGAAGCAGGUGUAUCCUCAACCAGUCAGGACUUAACAUUUGCACCUGUUAAGGAGGCACCUGCUGAGGAAAUGCCUGUAAAGGAGGCACCUGCUGAGGAAAUGACUGUUAAGGAGGAACCUGCUGAGGAAAUGCCUGUUAAGGAGGAACUUGCUGAGGAAAUGCCUGUUCAGGAGGCACCUGUUGAGGAAAUGCCUGUUAAGGUGGCACCUGUUGAGGAAAUGCCUGUUAAGGUGGCACCUGUUGAUGAAAUGCCUAUUAAGGUGGCACCUGUUGAGGAAAUGCCUGUUAAGGUGGCACCUGUUGAGGAAAUGCCUGUUAAGGUGGCACCUGUUGAGGAAAUGCCUGUUAAGGUGGCACCUGUUGAGGAAAUGCCUGUUAAGGAGGCACCUGUUGAGGAAAUGCCUGUUAAGGUGGCACCUGUUGAGGAAAUGCCUGUUAAGGUGGCACCUGUUGAGGAAAUGCCUGUUAAAGUGGCACCUGUUGAGGAAAUGCCUGUUAAGGAGGCACCUGUUGAGGAAAUGCCUGUUAAGGAGGCACCUGUUGAGGAAAUGCCUGUUAAGGAGGCACCUGUUGAGGAAAUGCCUGUUAAGGAGACACCUGCUGAGAAAAUGCUUGUUGAGGAGGCACCUGCUGACGAAAUGCCUGUUAAGGAGGCACCUGUUGAGGAAAUGCCCGUUAAGGAGGCACCGGCUGAGGAAGUUUUUGAGGCACCCAUGUUUGCUUGGAUAGAAGCUGAGAUAAAUUUGCCUGAGGUAAAACCAGAAACGCAUGUUUCAGGUAAAGGGAAAAUGCUACAAAUAGGGGAACUUACUCCGAAUGUCACCACUGAAGUGAAACAAGAGGUCAGCCUGAUUCCUGACACAGGGGAGAUUGCGGUGAUAGACAACAGCAGCACAGAACCCGACUCACGCAUGUCAGGUCAGUUAAAUCAUCAUUUGGAUGCUACAGAGGAAAGUGUACCUGAGGUGACGUGUGAAGAGUCGACACCUGAGAAACUGCAGCAAGAAGCCUCUGAAACUCAGGAAUAUUCAAAGGAAGUUUCGUCUCCCGUAGUGGAUAUUACAAACGGACUCUCUCCUGGUGUGGAAAAUGGUUUAACGAAGGACUCGAACAACCUUAGCACUGAGAAUAAAACACAGGUGGAUGUCACAGUGGUGGAAGAGUGUCAAAAAGAUGAUGCAGGCCUGAAACCGAGCGAGGAAGUCUUAGAUAUUGCGAAUGAAGAAUUGUCCUCUAAAUCAUCUACAAAUACUCACAGCGCUGUUCAGGUGGACACACCUGAAGUUAUAAACUCUCUGACAAACCAAGAGGAGAAUAAAGAUAUUGCACACCAGGAGAAAGAAGGUACUCAAAAUGGCCUGAACUCCAUAAGUGCCUCUGCGGCAUCCAGUCCCACUGAGAAAACCACGCCAUUUGAGCCGACCAGCGAUGCUGUUGCUGUAGAAACCACUGAGGUCGAAGGUGAAGUUACUGCUCUGAAGGAGGAGAAAUCACUGGAACCACAAGAUGAUGCAGAGCCUGAACCUCAACAAAGAAAAGAGGAAAUAGAAAAUCAGGAAGAGGUAACAAAAGAGCAGAAAGAGGAAUAUCAAAAGCAGGGAGACGAAAUUCAAACGCAAGAAGAGGAUAAACCGAAAGAGGAAUCUGAUGUAACCCCGAAAAAUGCAGGCCCAGUAAACUCCAAAACCCAGAAGGGAGGAGUCAUAUUCAGUAGUGGAAAAGUGGAGGUGCAAUUGUUACCUGUGCCCUCAUUAGGGAGCGUGGAGGAAGUACAGAAGUUGGAUGAGAGUGCAGACCUAUAUCUGGGAGCGGAGGAAAUUGAAAAGGGAGCCAGUAAAGAGAAGCCAUCAUCAACACCAGUGCUGGAGUUCACAAUUCCUGGUGUAGAGAGCAGAAGUAGUUUAGCUCCAGCAGUGGAUAUACUGGCCUACAGUGAGAGAGAAUGGAAAGGCAACACAACCAAAAGCGCACUGAUCAGGAAGGGUUAUAGUGAGAUGGCCCGUAGCUUCAGUGGUCUAAAACAGGUGAGAGGUGACAACUACUGUGCCCUACGUGCCACACUGUACCAGGUACUGGCAAACAGCACAAACACUCCCGCCUGGCUGCAGGAUGAAGGCUUUCUGUCGUUGCCGGAAACGAUAGAAGCUCAGGAACAUCUGAUAGGUGGAUGGGCCUUUCCUCCAGAAUGUACAUGGGGAAGUGAAAAGGAUUCUGUUGAGAGGAUGAUAUAUUAUCUGGACCUCUUUAAGACAAAAUGGCAGGCAGCAGCAGCCUGCGAGAGUCCAGAGGAGCGGCAGAGUUUGUGUGAUCGCGUGUUUCAAGGUGGUGAGGAAGAGUAUGGUCUUCUGGAAGCACUUAAGUUUCUGAUGCUGGCCAAAGCUAUCGAGCUUCACGGCAACAUGGUGGCAGAUCAAGAAGUGCCUGUGUUCUGCUGGCUCCUUUUUGCCCGCGACACAUCAGAAAACCCCAAAACCCUCCUGGCCAAUCACCUGAGUCAAAUUGGCUUCAGUGGAGGGGUAGAACAGGUAGAGAUGUUUCUAUUGGGCUAUGCCUUACAACACACCAUCCAAGCCUUUCGUCUGUACAUGACGGACACGGUCGAGUUUGUGACGCAUUACCCAGACGACCACAAGCACGAGUGGCCGUGCGUGUGCAUCGUCACAGAGGACGACCGCCAUUACAACGUCCCCGUCAGGACCGCACAACACCAGCAAGGAAACAACAUCACAGUGACUUAACAACAGCGACCUCAGAGAACAGAUCUAAAAAGUGGCAUGAUUUGUUUCGUGAAACCAGAAUGAAUGAAUGAAUGAAGGAAAUUUAAAGCAGUUUACUGAGAUCACGUUGCAAGCGCUCAGGUUUUUGUCCCCCAAAUGAAUCACACAACUAACAUGCUGCCUGAUAGGAAAUACUGUGAUAGUGUCGCUGGUUCAGAAAGAAACAUUUACGAGUUAUUUCUUCAUUUUGCACUGUUGGAUCAUAGUAUUGUGAUUUUUCAUAUUCGUUGCUAAAGAAUACUUCAAACGUUUACACUAAUGUUAGAGAAUAUUCAUUCAGAAGAAUUUUAUUAUGUUCUGGGUAUAGUAAGGGAAUUUAGGGUCUAAUAAAGUCCCUUUGAUAUAGAUUUAGUCAUUUAUAUUAUUUAAAAAAAAAAAUGCCAAUGUUUUUCAAGGUAGGAGAAAAAUGCAAUCUUUUGUCUUUUCAAAGCAUUGCUACUUAAAAAUGACAUAUUUUACCAGUACGAGUUUGUUUUCCAUACUGAUAUUAAGCUUCACUGCCGUGACUGUGCCAUGAAAAUGUAUGACCAUGCCUGUGAAAACCCAGCUGAAGUCAUUUUUAGUGAUUAAAAUCGUCCUACAUAAUGUAAAGAGCAUUGUGCAAAAAGUUACCUUGCUAUUUACAUUCAUGCAUUUUAUUCAACCUUACAGUGCUUUACAAGCUUAAUCCGUUUGUGUUCCCUGGGUUUGAACCCAUGACCUUUUGCGCUACGUAAUGCUCUGCACUGAGCUUUAUAGUAGAAGCACCUUGAUAUCUUUACUAUACUGACUGAGUAAUGCUUGAAAUCAAAGUUUGAUGCUCUAAUCUCGUAAUUCGAUUGAGAUUUCACAGACAGGGUCACACAUGAAUUUGAGGCUUUGUACAGAGAAUGAGCAUUAACAGCUACAGUAGUUAGACUGUUAUAUAAGUAAGGUCAUUGUUAUGUAUGUUUACGUUUAUGUUCUUAAAUGCUGAAAGUGACUUACAGUAUAAAUCACGUUUACAGGCAGGUAAUGCGCACUGCUCGAGAGGUUUUCCCUCAGACGCCAAGAAGCGUAACGUUUAGCUCAUUAUGGAGUUAAGCUACAACUACUUGCACAACAAGCCAGAACAAAUGCACAGUAUGGUCAUUAUUUUUAUUGGUGGUUUGUUUUGGUUUUAAUUUUUGUAUUUAUAAAUGACAGAUUAACACUGAAUAAGGUUUGUUGGCAAACAAAAUAGUGCUUGGUGAUGCAGCAUUGGUUAUAAAAAAAAAAUGAUAUUGUUCUGAAUGGACAAGAAGUGAAUGACCAGAGGUAAUAAAAUUAAACAUGACUUACA